CUCUCUCCCUCCCUCCUUCCCUCACAGCCGACGAGGCAGCAAUUACGCUUUGGGGAUAAAACGAGGCGCAGUGAGCAGGCUGGGGCAUUUCUCCCCGAGAUGGCGGGUCUGACAGCUGCAGCCCUGCGGCCCGGAGUCCUCCUGCUCCUGCUGUCCAUCAUCCACCCCUCGCAGCCUGGAGGGGUCCCAGGGGCUGUUCCUGGGGGAGUUCCCGGAGGCGUCUUUUUCCCAGGGGCUGGUCUCGGAGGCCUGGGAGGAGGAGCACUGGGCCCUGGAGGCAAGCCACCCAAGCCAGGUGUCGGAGGGCUCGCAGGCGCUGGCCUUGGGGCAGGGCUCGGGGCCUUUCCUGCAGGCGCCUUCCCAGGGGCUCUGGUGCCCGGCGGCGUGGCUGACGCGGCCGCAGCCUAUAAAGCUGCUGCCAAGGCUGGUGCCGGGCUUGGCGGCGUCGGUGGUGUCGGCGGCUUAGGAGUGUCUACAGGUGCAGUGGUACCUCAACUCGGAGCAGGAGUCGGAGCUGGCGCGAAGCCAGGGAAAGUACCAGGUGUGGGGCUCCCAGGUGUCUACCCUGGUGGAGUGCUCCCGGGCACAGGAGCUCGGUUCCCAGGUAUAGGGGUGCUCCCUGGCGUUCCCACUGGAACAGGAGUCAAGGCCAAGGCCCCAGGCGGAGGUGGAGCUUUUGCUGGAAUCCCAGGAGUUGGACCCUUUGGAGGUCAGCAGCCUGGAGUCCCCCUGGGGUACCCCAUCAAGGCACCCAAGCUGCCAGGUGGCUACGGACUGCCCUACAGCACUGGGAAACUGCCCUACGGCUUUGGGCCUGGAGGAGUGGCUGGCGCCGCGGGCAAGGCUGGGUACCCAACGGGGACGGGGGUUGGUACACAAGCCGCAGCAGCAGCAGCAGCAGCUAAAGCAGCAGCUAAAUAUGGUGCCCCGGGAGCCGGCGUUCUCCCUGGCGUCGGUGUCGGAGGUGUCGGCGUUCCUGGCGGGGCCGGCGCGAUUCCUGGCAUCGGAGGCAUUGCAGGGGCCGGAGCUCCAGCUGCAGCGGCUGCUGCUGCAAAGGCGGCCAAAUACGGGGCUGCCGGAGGCUUAGUGCCUGGUGCGCCAGGCUUCGGCCCAGGAGUUGGAGUCCCCGGUGUAGGCGUGCCUGGUGUUGGAGUCCCAGGCGUUGGCGUGCCAGGCGUUGGGGUCCCAGGUGUUGGCGUGCCAGGCGUUGGGGUCCCAGGUGUUGGAGUUCCAGGCGUUGGGGUCCCAGGUGUUGGAGUGCCAGGUGUUGGGGUCCCAGGGGCUGUGUCUCCAGCUGCAGCUGCUAAAGCAGCAGCCAAGGCAGCCAAGUACGGGGCCAGAGGUGGUGUGGGAGUUGGCGGCAUUCCCACUUUCGGAGUGGGUGCCGGGGGCUUUCCUGGCUUUGGUGUCGGAGUCGGAGGUGUUCCUGGAGCUGCCCUUUCCCCUGCAGCUCAGGCAGCCGCCGCUGCCAAGGCAGCCAAGCUCGGUGCUGCAGGAGCAGGAGCCCUGGGUGGGCUGGUGCCAGGUGCCGAAGGAGCAAUACCAGGUGUGCCAGGUGCUGCAGGAGUGCCAGGGGUAGGAACCCCAGCAGCUGCAGCCGCCAAAGCAGCCGCCAAAGCCGCCCAGUUCGGCUUAGGCCCUGGUGUUGGCGUGGGCCCUGGCAUCGGUGUGGGUCCUGGCGUCGGUGUGGGUCCCGGUGUUGGUGUGGCUCCCGGCGUCGGUGUGGCUCCCGGCGUCGGUGUGGCUCCCGGCAUUGGCAUUGGCCCUGGCGGUGUUAUAGGAGCGGGGGUCCCGGCUGCAGCCAAACCUGCUGCUAAGGCAGCCGCCAAAGCCCAGUUCCAGGCUGCUGCUGGGCUUCCUGCCGGCGUUCCCGGAUUUGGAGUUGGUGCCGGCGUUCCUGGAUUUGGAGUUGGUGCUGGUGUUCCUGGCUUUGGGGCAGGUGCAGUACCUGGACCCCUGGCCGCAGCUAAAGCAGCCAAAUAUGGUGCCGCUGGCCUCGGAGGUGUCCUAGGAGUCACCAGGCCAUUCCCACUUGGAGGAGUCGCACCAAGGCCUGGCUUUGGACUGUCUCCUAUUUUCCCAGGUGGCGGCGCUGGGGGCCUGGGAAUUGGUGGCAAACCUCCUAAGCCCUUCGGAGGGGCCCUGGGAGCCCUGGGAUACCAAGGUGGGGCCUGCCUGGGGAAAUCCUGUGGCCGGAAGAGAAAGUGAGCUUCCCAGGACCCCUGACUCACGACCUCAUCAACGUUGGUGCUACUGCUUGGUGGAGAAUGUAAACCCUUUGUAACCCCCUCCCAUCCCAUAUCCCCUCCUAAGUUCCCACCCUGGGAGAGGACAGGGCAGGCCGGGCGGCCUUGGAAAUCCACAGGGCAAGGAAACAAGAGAGUAGUGGCCAGGUGGGCCCCAGGAAGCCCCCUCCUUCAGAGGCAAGGGCUGGAUGAGCUUGGCCCCCCGCCCCCACCCCCUUCCCACCCAGGAGCUCCCCCCUCCACACACUCUCCAUCUCCAGGGGAACUUGGUGCUACAUGCUGGUGCUUUCAUCUUCCUGCGGGGAGGGAGGAGGGAAGGGCAGCCCCUUAGGGAACCCCCUCCCUGGGGCUCCUCUGAAGAUGGUGCAGACACUUCCUGGGCAGUCUCACCUCCCCCUGCCCACCAGGACCCACUUCUGGGUCCAAUUGGUACCCACACAUCGAAACCCUCAAGCUGGAUUCGGUCACUCCGUCUCUUGGCCCCCUUGGCCCCCCUCCCCUAGCAGUCGCUAUUCCCCAUGCCUGGGGCAUCUUCAGGUCGAAAGACCGCCUCCCCCGCAUUGGGAUUAGCCCCCUUGCUCUUGUGGAAUUCAUCCGCCCAUCUGUCCACCCAGCCAGCCAUCCGUCCUUAUCCUCAGCCCCAUUUGGCCGCCCGGCACCACUAGCUGGCGGGGCACCCCACCAUCAGCUUGGUUUACCUGUGCCCUGCCUCUGCCCCACCACACACACCCCUACGAUGGGGCCCCAGGCCCAGGGUGUGAGGGGCUGUGCCAGCUGGGGCAGCAGGAAUCUCCCCCAACCUGGGUCUCCCCCCACGCAGUACUGUAUCCCCAUCCCUCCCUCGAGCCACUGUACUUCAGAGCAUUUUCCCCCUGCCCUGCCCAUCUCUGUGUCUCGCUGUGAUAGAUCAAUAAAUAUUUUAUUUUUUGUCCUGGA